AGAAAGACCACCGGUGGAGAAAACCCUAAUCCCCCAAAUUCGACCAUGUUCAUGGUUCGAUUGAAAUUCGCAUCGAUCUCUCAUAAUUUCAGUACGGUGGCGGCGAAACAUAGAAGAGUGCCGUCGAAAUACAAGUCUCUAGCCAUCGGAAAAGCCCAGCAAGCCAUUACAGACUAUCUCCACACCACCAGGUCUCUCUCCUACACUCACGCUGAACAAAUUGCCUCAAACGCCUCCGUUUCGAUUCGAAACCUCAUCCUGAAACUCGAUUUCUCUGUUCCUACCUUCUCCAAAUCUCUUCGGAAGCAUCUCAGUUACCAUCCUAUUAACGAAUUCGAGUUUUUCUUCGAGAGCAUUGGCAUUGACUACAGUGAGGUUAGCGAGUUUUUGCCUGAGAAGAAAUUCUUCUUCUCUGAGGAUCGGACUGUGUUGGAUGCAGCUUUUGCUUUAUCUGGAUUUGGGUUUCCUUGGAAUAAGCUUGGUAAGUUGUAUAAAGAGGAAAGGUUGGUUUUUGUGCAGCGUCCUGGAGAAAUUGAAUCCAGGCUACUUAAGUUUAAAGAUAUAGGAUUCAGUACAGUUGCGGUGAUUGGUACUUGUUUAGCGAUUCCUCGUACUCUCUGUGGAGGUGGUGAAUUGGGUUCGGAGAUACGUUGUUUGUUUGUUAAGCUGAAAAGACUUUUUGAUGAGUUUGAUUCACAUCAUCUUUUUGAAGAAAAUGUGGAUUCUUGGCUCGCCGUUAGCAGGAAGAUUAGGAUCUUUUACGAUUUGGGUUGUGAGAAUGAAGAGAUGUGGGAGUUGAUGUGUAGAAAUAAGUCACUUUUUCUGGAAUAUUCUGAAGAAGCUCUGAUGAAUAAGGCUGGAUAUUUUUGUAGGUUUGGUGUUAGCAAAGAAGAUGCUGCUCUUUUGAUUCUUCGAAAUCCCGCUAUUAUGAAUUUUGAUCUAGAGAAACCGGUGAUCUCUGUUACAGGAAUGCUAAAGCAUUUUGGAUUGAGACAGGAUGAAGUGGAUGCUGUUGCUCAGAAGUACCCGUAUGUUUUUGGUAGAAACCAAUUGAAGAAUCUGCCUUAUGUGCUUAGAGCAAUAGAUUUGCAUGAAAGGAUCUUUGAUAUAUUGAAGAAUGGGAACCAUCAUUUACUCGCUAGCUAUACCUUGAUGGAUCCCGAUGAAGACUUAGAGAGAGAGUAUCAAGAAGGCUUGGAGGAGCUUCAAAACUCAAGAACCAAAAGACACAACAUUCAAAAGUUGGAUUUCCUUCAUGAAAUAGGGUUUGGCGAAAACGGCAUCACCAUGAAGGUACUACAACAUGUACAUGGUACGGCGGUAGAACUCCACGACCGAUUCCAAAUCUUACUAAACAGUGGCAUCAUUUUCUCAAAGAUAUGCAUGUUGAUAAGAUCAGCACCAAAGAUCUUGAAUCAGAAACCACAUAGCAUACAAGAUAAACUAAGGUUCCUCUGUGGCGAGAUGGGAGAUUCUUUGGAUUACCUAGAGGUUUUCCCAGCUUAUCUUUGUUUUGACCUGGAGAACAGAAUCAGUCCAAGGUUUAGAUUCCAUAAGUGGCUUGUGGAGAAAGGGUUUAGCGAGAAAAGCUAUUCAAUCGCAAGCAUUGUAGCUACAAGCGAAAAGGCCUUCAUAGCUCGUCUAUAUGGGAUUCAUCCUGCAAUCCCGAAACAUUGGUUCGAACGCUUCUCCAGCAGAAAAACCAGAGACACUGUAUCCUAACUGAACAAAAAGACUCUUUGGAUCUUGCAGCAGUUGGGAGCAAUGUACCCUUGAGGUUUUUCAGAUUUGUGGACCUGAACACAAAGGGAACCUUAUUGCCUCAACUCAAAAACGUUACAAAAUCUCUAAAUGGUAGCAACUGCGUGUGGGAGAUUGCAGAUGAGACGUUUGUUUGUUUGUGGGAUGUAGAAAUGAUGGGCACACUUGGAUAAUUUUGUGGUUACCAAUUAGAGUGGGAAGAACUUAUCUGUACCACUCGGUGGAUUCCGUUUUUGGCCUCUUCACAGAUUAUGAAGUGAGAGGUUUACAUACAUUUUAGGAUUGUAUAUACUACUUUUUUUUCUUCGAUCAGACAACAAGAAAUUGCAACUGGUUGAUUUUGGGCUCCCUGAAACAAUCUGCACGUGUCACAGGCCCGUGUCGGUGAUAGUAGUAAUGACUUGAUUGCAAAACGUGGAACCAAAUCGCACACUUGCCAGUGAAAAUAAAUCAAGCUGCUUUGUUAUAUACGUCCGGAUAGUUUUGACUACAUUUCAGCUUUAAAGUCUUGGAAAGCAAGCAAACGAGUG